GGAACAGGGAGUCCCGAAGCGGAUUUUAGGGUCUUGUGGACUAAGCAGUUUGUUCGCGUUUUCUCCCCUUCGCCUCCAGAAGCUCCCUGGGGAUCUCAGUGCCGGGAGGGCGGGGAUGGGGAGCACCGAAAGUACUGCCCGCAAGGUGUCCUUCGGGAUGGACGAGGAGGAGCGGGUGCGGGUGCUGCAGGGCAUCCGGCUCUCUGAAGAUGUAGUAAACCGCAUGAAGGACUCCUCUGCAUCAUCAAGGGUGCAGCAACCAUCUCCUGCAUCACCACCUCCUGCUUCGACAUCUACUUCACCACCUGCUGCUUCACAACCUCAUGCUUCAUCACCUCCUUCAUUGUCUCAUGCUUCAUCUUUUGCAUUUGGCUCUCCUGAAGGCAAGUCAAAGCGUCCUAGGACAGACCCUAAACCACCCAAAGCUGAGAACCAGAGUAACAGGCAGCCCUCUGAAGCAGAAGAGGAUCUAUACAGGAGAUAUGAACAGGAACAGGCUAUGGUCCAGGAAGAGCUGCUUCAGCUGGCGAAGAGAGAAAGGGAGGUGGCCAGGGAGCACCUGAAGUCAUCCCUUCCACGGGAAAAGAGUGGCACAAACCAGGAGAAGCAGAGAUCAGCACAGCUGCAUGCAGAUUUGGAUGUAUGGGCCAAGGAACUGGAAGGUGUAGAGGCAGAGCUAAGGCGCCGUGACAUUUUCUAUAGGGAGCAAUUGGGUCGCAUUGAAAGAAAGAAUGCUGAAAUGUACAAACUGUCAUCACAACAAUUCCAUGAAGCAGCUACUCGGCUGGAAGAAACAAUAAAACCUCGAAGGGUGGAUCCGGUGUGCUCAGGCCUUCAGUCGCAGAUUCUUCGCUGCUACCGAGAUAACCUUCAGGAGGUGCUCAAGUGCUCAGACCUGGUCAAAGCCUACCAACACUGCGUGAGCACAGCCCAGAAGGGCUGAAGAGCGACAAUCUUUCCUGGCAUGGAGAGAACCCAGCAGCAGCAGGCGUACUCCAGUGAAGUUACCACUUACAGGACCACAGAUCCCUGGUUCAUCGCCAACAUUUCCAGCCAUUCACCAAUAUGUGACCAAGAAACAACACUGUGCUUUUGGGUUUAUCAUAGUUAAAGUGACAUGUUAAAAAAAAAAAAAGUAUAUGUUCACAACUGCCCUGAGGAAAUAAAGCAAAUGUCUUUGUUUUCAAUCAGUCUCUAAAAGUCCAAUCCUCUAAACUUUGAUCUUGGAAGAAUACCCUAAACUAGGGGAACAACCCUUUU